GAGUCACGGGGGACCUUCCCGUACUCGGAAGCAGUAACGCAAGGAAGAAAAGAUAAACAUAACCAAGGAGGAGUAAACGGGCUGCAAGCGUGAUGCGUGCGCGACGUAUUUCGGUCAUGAAAGAAGUUUUUGGAACACUUAAUUUAUUUGGGUCGCUUCUGUUUUACGAACUACGAGUUGGAAAAAUAAAUGAACACCGGAGUUAUCAGUGAAAUUGUAGCCCCUCUGGCAAACAACGGCCACACCUUCAUCAUCACUGUAACAGGUACUCUACACAACUGUCCAGAUGGGUUGCAGUUGCUGUAGGAUGAUAAAAAGUUACAUCUAUGACCCCUCAGUCCCUGUAGAUGUUUCGGGUUGUAAGCGGGACCCCACCAGCAGCUCUCUGUAUCAGUCUCACAGAUUCCCAGAGGAGGCGGACCACAUCCACAAAAAGCAGGGCUUUCAUAACCUGGGUUAUAGCACAAACCCCAGCCCUACCAAGCUCGAUAUCGACAACAACCACAUAAACCAGCUCCAUGCCAAUAUUCCAGGUGAUCAGGUCAGGUCGAACCCAGACGGAGGUGACCCCAGCCUUUACAUUCUGCAGCCUGAGGGCAAGGGGACGCCCAUAAAAUCCACUCCCAGCUUGCGUGCUGCCCCACCCGUACACAACGAAUUAAUGUUGGGCACAGAACCAGGCAAGCGAGAGGAGAGAUUCCGAGACUCUGGGCUGGGCGGAGGGGGAAUGACGGAUGGGACAGAGGAAGAGGAGGACAGGAGGAGUAGAGUGGCCAGUACUCCAGACACGGCCGAUGAGGAGAGCAUACUGUCGGUGGAUAUGCACACAAGCAGCACUAGUCUCUCCUCAGUGGACACCAAGCUCGUAAUAGAGGAUAGAGAUGAAAAAGCUCCUUCUAUAAUGAAAGGAGAGCAGAAGAGAGAGAAAGAGAUAGAUUGUAUAAGCAUCACAGACUCGAUGGUGGCCGAGGCCUUGGCUGCCCUGGAUGCAGCGACUGCAGGAGAGGACUAUGAGUGACAGGGCUGCUCCACCAGUCAGGUGACAGAGGAUGGCUCCUUACUUAAUGGAGCUGUGGGAGAUUUCCAUACUCGCUCUCUCAUCCUCCUCAUUUGAAUAUAGCCAAAAUAAUAGCUUUCAUAAGAUGAAGCUUUCUACAGUCUUUCUGCAGGUGUUUUUUGACUGGAAAAACUCUUUCAUCUGAAAUCAAAUAAAGACUUAAAGACAGGAACUGCUGCUUGUUUACACAAGAGAAAUUUACCCUUUAACAGGCUAUAGACUUGCUUGAGCAAAUUAAGUUUAUCUGUGAAUGUUUUGCCCCACAAUUCAGUGACAUGGACAAACUCCACUCUUGAAAGAAAUAGAACGGAUGACUGUAGUGUGAUUUUUUUCCUCCGUACUGUUUUAUAAGCAUUUAAAUUCAGCAUAAUAAUGAAAUAAGCUUCUUAGAACUUCCCUGCUUUAGAGUCUGUGGAGGUGGGGCUAAAUAAAUCGGAGCACUACAUUAUUAUUUUCAUACAUUUUCUAAACAAAGAGGUGGUAAAAAAACAAAAAAGCCAGUGUCCCGAUGUCGGGUUUCUUCUGUGCUUAUUGUUGUACAUUUAGAGAUGUUUUACGAUGAUCAGUAUGUUUAUUAGAAAGGAAUCAAGCUCAUAUUCAACUAAUCAGUCUCAAAACAGAACAACAGUACAAAAUGCGAUUUCUUGUUAACACUGUGAAUACGUCAUAGAGCUUUAGGAAGACAGUUAGUUUAUUGGUACACACAAAAGAACAGUAAGAAAUGUAAGGAGAUUGUGGGUGAAUCUCACCAAAACAUAAUUUUAGUCAUAUUUCACCCUCAAAAUUAAAAGAAAGAAAUCAUUUUUGUAUUUUCAUGACAAUUAUGCACAUUUUGCCCCCAAAUUCUCAUUACCUUAAUGUUUUAUUAUCAAUGAUGAUUCACAUUAGAUUCUUAUUACUUUAAUGCAAUAAUUUUUUACUGUAAACCCUAAAACAAAGAUUUAAACAACUAUACAGCUCAAAUAAUAAACAAGUUUCAACUAAGUAAUAUAAGUGCUUUUAUAAAAUUAUAAGCGUCACAUUUGUGCCUUUACACCCUCCACCCUGUGCUUUUUUUUAAAGAAAAGGGGGACGAGUCUAAAUUAUUUUUUUGUGGUAAUCAAAAUUAUGCCACAAAUGCUGUAUUAAACCCGGAAUAUUCCUUUAACUGUCACGAAAGGUCACAAUGCAAAAUGUCACAAUGCAAAAGCGUAUAAUUUCAGUGUAUUUUCCUUUUUUCAUUUGAGGGCUACAAUAUGAUGCAAGCACGUUUCUUUACACUGAUAAAUUCUCUUUACCGUAAUGCGCCUGGAAACUUUUUUUUUUUUAGUUCUUAUUAUUCUCAGUGGUGAUUCACAUUAGAUUGUUAUUACUGAAAUACAGUAUUUUUCACUGUAUUGCAAUACAAAAGUAUAAUAUAAUAUAUAAACUCUAAAACAAUACAUUUUAGUGAAAUGAGGUAGUAUAAUAAGGCAGUAUAUAUAUAUAUAUAUAUAUAUGUGUAUAUACAGUAUAUCACAUUGGAAAAUGUGCUGAAUUGUCAUGAAUAUAAGAAUGCAAAAAAAGUAAAUAAAAAAGUAGACUCUAAAACAAUAUAAAUGUAAUUUAUUUUACUUUUGGGGUAAAUAUGACCCAGACAUGUUUCUUGACAGGUUUUAUGAGAUUCACCCUUGUAUAUUUAUGUUCCUGGUAUAUUUAUGCAAUGUGUACCAUUAGGGUUGGGAAAACAGAGUUGUAAGUUAAGGCAAGGAUUAGUGUGUUGAAUCAGGCUAGUGAUUGUAGUUGAUGCACUAUGCACAUAGAUGUUUAUUCUGCUCUAAACUAAUCUAACUACCAGAGGCCUGAUGAGAAGUAACCCUACCCCUAUCACUAUAUGAAGAACAUCAUAUGGAUCACAUUUCUCAUGCACAUUUCUAUACAUAAGUGAAGAAAUAUGAUUAAGUUUUCUGUGUCAAAUGAAUGUAAUUUACCAGAAAUAGAUUUUUUUUAUGGUACCUUAUGAAGGUCAUGGUUUUAAUUGAGUAUUUCUAUUUGUACUAAGUAUACAUUGUGCCUUUCUCUGCUGGUCAAAAUAAUUUCUUUAAAAUCUGUAAAUAAGCACAUAUAUUGAUAGAAACUGAUUUUUGCAUUGAAAACCAGUGCACAGUACUGUAACAUUACUAUCCAUACUUUUGCCCUUAAAUUAACUACCACAGAACACAGUUGAGAAUUGUCACAUGAACCAGGGGAAAAAUAAAAACAAUGUGC